AUGAACUCGACAGGGCCAACAAUCACUGCCGUCGGGCUGGCGGCCACCUUGCUCUCCGAGGCUCUGAAGCAGCCGAUUGGCGUGUGGAUCUUCAAGCCUCUGGCAUCCCUCGGUUUCCUGUACACCGGCUACCACUCGCCCGCAUACACGUCCGGAUCCCAGUUUGGCAAGACCAUGUUCGCAUCCCUUGCCUUGGGCUUCCUCGGCGACGUGUGCCUUAUCCACAAGUCGCCCGCCGCGUUCCAGGCAGGCCUGUUCAGCUUCCUUCUCGGCCACCUCGGAUUCGCCUAUGCCUUUGCUGAGCGCGGGAUGGAACUCAAGCCAGCCCUCACAGCCGCCGCGGCCGUGGGUCUCGUCGGCAGCGUCGUGUGGAAGUGGUUGAGCCCCAACUUGCCCAAGGCGGACCGCAUCCCCGUCGCGCUCUACACGACCGUCAUCAGCGCAAUGGUCGUUGCUGCCUCGGGAAGCGCGUGGAACACACCCACUCCAUACCUCCAGAUUGCGGGGGCUAUCAUCUUCCAGCUCUCAGACCUGUGUGUUGCCCGCCAGCAGUUUGUGCACAAGACGUUCCUCAACCCCCUCGUCGGUCUCCCGCUCUACUACCUCUCUCAACAGAUGAUCGCCAGCUUGAUGUACUACUAG